AUGUCAUCGCCAUCUUCAUCGGGCUUCAACUCACCCCCCGCCAGCGGGACGCGACAUCAGAAAUCGCGCUACACAUACCGACACCUUGGGCAACUGGCGCUUUUUACCCCAAAUUGUCCCCUCCGAGUCAUUGCUCACGUAGAUUUGGACGCUUUCUACGCGCAAUGUGAGAUGGUGCGGCUGAACGUGCCAGAAAAUCAGCCACUCGCAGUACAACAAUGGCAAGGCUUGAUAGCGAUUAACUACCCUGCCAGAAAAUUUGGUCUUAAUCGACAUAUUACGAUUACUGAAGCCAAAAAAUUAUGUCCCGAUUUGAUCACGCAGCAUGUGGCGACCUGGAAAGAAGGAGAAGAAAGUUGGGCUUAUCAUGAUGAAGCGUUCAAAAAUAUGGCUACUCACAAGGUUUCUCUUGAUCCGUACCGAUUAGAGUCUCGACGAAUUGUGGCCUGUAUCAAAGAAAGCCUCCCUGAAGAAUUUCAGAGAAUUGAGAGAGCGUCAAUUGAUGAAGUUUUCUUAGAUCUUUCAGCUCUUGUCCACAUAAAAUUGUUAGAGCAAUACCCUAAGCUGAGAGAACCACCACCAUACGAUGACCCAACAGAAUUUCUUCCCCAUCCUCCUAGAAAUAUUUUAGACUGGGCAGCUGAUGCUCUUGUUGACCUUGAUUCCAAAGAAACGGAAGAAGACUACCCGGACUGGGAUGAUAUAGCUGUCGUAAUCGGAUCAGAGAUCGUUCGCAAUAUCCGAGCAAAUAUUUUAGAGAAACUCAGAUAUACUUGUUCGGCUGGCAUAGCACAAAAUAAGAUGUUGGCAAAGCUGGGAUCAGCUCACAAGAAGCCAAAUCAACAAACAAUUAUCCGGCGCCGGGCCGUAGAAUCUUUUCUUUCUAAUUUCAACUUCACUCAAAUACGAGGUUUGGGUGGCAAACUUGGAGAGAAAAUUAUCCAGGAAUUUGCCACCGAAAAAUUGGACCAUUUACUCUCAAUUUCGCAUCACAAGUUGAAACAAGCCCUUGGAGACGAAACCGGAACUUGGGUCUAUCAGAUCAUCCGUGGACAAGACUACAGCGAAGUUAGUUCUCGGACUCAAAUCAAGUCGAUGCUUUCCGCAAAAUCUUUUCGUCCUAGUAUUACCACCCACGAACAAGCUUAUAGUUGGCUGCGUAUUUUUGCUGCAGACUUAUAUUCAAGAUUAGUGGAGGAAGGCGUCCUGGAAAAUAGGAGACGACCAAAGACGAUUCAUUUACAUCACAAGAAUGGUGCUCAAACUAAAUCACGAUCAGGAUUAAUUCCUCUGGGGAGAAAGAUAAAAGAAAAUGAUAUUUUUGAACUAGCGCGGAGUCUUCUUGAUCAAAUGAACCAAGAUGGUCAGGCGUGGCCAUGUGCAAACCUUAGUCUUAGCGUCGGGGGAUUCGAGAAUGGGGUCACGGGCAAUAUGGGAAUCGGAAAUUUUUUAAUAAAAAGCAACGACAUCAAAGCUAUGCACAUGGAUGGACCUAAUGCUCCUGAUGAUAGUAUUGAGAGACUAGACAAGCGACGUCGCCUCGAUAAUACGACAGGAAUCCACAGAUAUUUUCAUAAAAAUGCCUAUUUUCAGAACCUUGAUAAUGGGCUUGGGGCCCAACGCUUAUCUGUGGAUAAAUUGGAACACAGAGGAUCAAGUUUAUCCUUAGCCGCGCUUAGUCAUUUUCAGACCAGAGAAGAUGGUAUAGAAGCCAUGACUGUAGAACCUCGCCACCAGGGUGAAAGCGAUUUUCUCUGCACCCGGUGUCAUAUGAACCUAGAAUGUGCAGAUACUCUGCAGAAUCAUUUAGAUUGGCACCUAGCAAGGGAUUUACAAGACAAAGAGAGCCAGAAAAUAUCAUUAAUUAAUCAUCCAGUGAAGAACUCGUGGGAAAGAGUAAGUAGUACGCACAUGCCGAAUAGCGGAAAAGGAAAGUCAAAAAAAGUACAAAGUCGUUUACAAUUUGGUGGGCAAGACACAAACGGAUCCGUGUGA